AUGGGGAGAGCGCUCAACCCUGAGUGUCAACCCAUGGCCCGUUUGAUUAUUCAGAUGCCAAGGAAAUGGCAAAAGGAAGGAAGGGUGAGGGGUAUUGCUCUGUCACAGGAACGCUUUCAGUUUAUCUUUAAGAAUGAACACGAUCUGAUGAACGUGUUAGAGAAGGGUGUUCAGACGUUCAAUGAGUGGGUGAUUGUGUUGGAGAGGUGGGUCGAGAAUCUCCCAGAGGACUACCUGCAAUUCAUCCCUCUAUGGGUUCAGAUGAGGAACAAACCCGUAAACUAUUACACAACGGUGGCGUUAGAAGCCCUGGGGGACAUAGUUGGGAAAGUUAAAGUGGUAGCUUUUGAUCCAACGAAGCCGAUAACUCAAGACUACAUCAGAGUUUUGGUGAGGUUCAAUGUAGCUAACCCCUUGAGAACGUCUAAGGUGAUAGACCUUGGUGGGGGGAAGUCCAUGGUUAUUCGGUUCAGUUAUGAAAAGGUUCAGAAAAAGUGUUAUCAUUACCAGAGAUUGAACCAUGAGAAACCAGUGUGCCCCAUCCUAGUGCGUCAAAGACAAGAAGAGGCGCAACUGAGGAGAAGCAGAGUCCAGGAAGAACUUGCUUUGAAGAAACAGGUUUUGCAGGAACAUGAUCCUCUCUUUGGGGUUUUGCUUGAGUCGCAAGUAGGGAUAAACCCAUUAAAUGGAAGACCAAAAAUAGCAUAA